CUAGUGGCUGUUAAAUUAAUGAUUCCACUAGCUUCGCGGGAUUUGUGGGUUAAUCCCAGAGGCCACAACAAGCGGUAACUUGUUUACCCCGAUUCCAUAAUGAAACCCUUAUUACCUAUUGGUGGGGAGUUUCCGAGCACACAGAUACCAGAUAUAAUAUCAGGUAGUAACCUGCCAGCCGAUAAUCGAGGGGUUAUCUCUUAGGGGCGAUAUGGCAGGCUAGUGAGAUAAGGAAAGUGAGAACGUGACCUCUGUUAUGAUAGAGGUAUGAUACCUGGUACUCGCGGAACUCUUCACUUAAAUUCAAAACAGAACCCAAAAGCUGAAAAGUAAAUCCCUAAUCAUUGGUUUUAGGUAGUCUAUCCUGUUACUUCCCCUUUGGGCAGCCCAGGUAGGAGGAGAAUUCCCUAAUCCCUUUGUUUACAUCUCUGGGAUUGGCUGACCAAUAGACCCGGCCAACAGGUAGCCAGGUAGUCGUCCUGAACCUCAGUUUCGACACAAACAAGAUCAUAAAACCCAAAAGGGGCUGGCCCAAGAUCCGAUCAUUCAUGACCAAUGAUACCUGGGCAGGGGACCUGGAAAAUGGGUAUAAAAAUGGGCGAUUCUCGGGGUAGGGACAUCAUUACGCCUUGAGAUUUCGACGAGAGCAGAUCAACGUUAACACAAAAUCAGCAAAUAUGGAACGCAGCCAUCACUUGUAUUUGCCGAAACUGAGCUACGCCCCGAUGGGACACGUGUACGCCCCGUAUACCGAGCAUCCGGCGACAGGAAACUCCAAGCCGGAGCAGAUCGAGGAGAUGGUGGCCCAGCAACUGCACCACCUGAAGAUGCACUACGCCGACGAGGAGCAGCGCUAUGUGGACCAAAUGAUUCUUGAGAAUCCUAUCGUCGUGGAACGAAGAGCUCCUCCGCCACCGGCUCACUCCUCCGCCGGCCAAGUGGCCACUACUUCCAGCGGCCAUCGAGGUGGCGUGGCCCGCUCCUCCGCCUCCGACAGCAAGGAUGCCCAGCGCCAGAGGGCCGAGUCCUGCCGCAAAUCCCGCUACAACAACAAGAUCAAGAAGGCCCGGCUCCGAUUCCGGCACAAGUUUGUGAGCGGACAGCUCCAGAAGAGCGCCGAGAUGCUGGACACGAUGCGAAGUGUGAUCGCCCAGGCGGAACGGCAGUUGGUGGAGCGAGGACUGCCACGUUCCGUGCUGGAGCAGAUGCGCCGGACCCACGGCCUGGACGCGGCCAUGCAGCAGUGACGACGAGCAGGAUGCAGCAGGACCUCAAAGGUCCUUGGACCUACUUAGCCCUAAGUGACCUUUUUUUUUUCUUGUUGACUAUAUUUAAUGUAUUAUUAACUGUAUUAUUUGAAAUAAACCAU